UUUGGUUUUGGUAUUGUUACGAGAAUACUUUUUCAUUCCCAUUCAGUACUCCGAUCUGAAAGCAACGUAAUCAAAUUUUUAUAAAUUUCUCUUCCAUUUUCCAAUUUUAAUUUUCCUUCUAUAGUAUUCAACAAUGGGUGAUGAAGCUGCUGCCACUCCAGAACCACCAAAGACGACCACUUCUGGUGCUCAUGGACUCUUCCAAGCUGAUGCUUGGCUAACUGCCGCCGCUGUGGCUGCAUUUUCUACUCGUGCCUUGUGGCUAAAAUUGCGUAAUCUGGGAUCAAAGAAAUCCAAAAAUGAGGAUGAGAUUGCUGAGAAGCAAGAAUCGCAGUUGCCGGAAGAGGAGCAGAUUGAAUCGAAGCUGCAAGUCUUGGAUGUUGAUGUAAUUUAGGCCGAAAUGCGAAGAAACUGAAAAUUGCAUUUAGCACAAUGCAUAAAUGAUUAUCUUGUUUUUCUAAAUCUUCACUCGUUUUGGGUUUUGCAAGUUCAAAUGCAACAAAUUACAAAAAUAUUAAUAAACGAAAUGUAUAAUUACAUAA